GUGAAGGAAACAGCUGUCAGACGCUACCAUCGUUGUAUAGGUGGCGCGUCGUUAAGGAGGCAUACUGUGUGGAAUCGAAAGAAUAAAACAAUUUAGUGAGGUAUUUUAUAGAUAUUAUUAUAAUCUUAACCAUGAAUAGGAUUAGACGAUUGGUAAAUAAAGCGGGUGGUAUUCCGUACACGUAUUUAGGAUAGGAAUACGCCCCCAACAAUGAGUAGUAGAUGCCUAAUGCCAUCAUGGCUGCUGCUGGAAUAAACAGACAGAACGGUGGAGCAGGGAUGGAGAACAGUAUCAAAGCUAGCUGGGGAGUCGUUGGCACUGUAGUCAAGGUCCUUGAAUGUGGAGUUUGUGAAGAUGUUUUCUCUUUACAAGGUGAUAAAGUUCCCCGUUUGCUUUUGUGUGGUCACACUGUUUGCCAUGAUUGUCUCACCCGUUUACCCCUCCAUGGCAGAGCCAUUCGCUGUCCUUUUGAUCGACAGGCCACUGAACUAGGUGACUCUGGUGUCUGGGGACUGAAGAAGAAUUUUGCUUUGUUAGAACUUCUAGAGCGAUUGCAGAAUGGAGCUGCUUCUCAAUCUGGAACUUCCGAAGAAACUUUAGGAGUUUCUGGAGAGAGCAUUGUCCGCUGUGAUGAAGACGAGACUCAUGUUGCGUCUGUGUACUGCACUGUUUGCGCUACUCAUCUGUGCGCAGAGUGUUCUCAAUUUACCCAUUCUACACGAACGCUCGCAAAACAUCGGCAGGUGCCUCUAGCAGAUAAACCUCAUGAGAAGACCAUGUGCCCUCAGCACCAGGUGCAUGCCAUUGAGUUUGUGUGCUUGGAAGAAGGCUGUCAUGCUGGUUCUCUGAUGUGCUGUGUUUGCAAAGAAUAUGGAAAACAUCAAGGGCACAAGCAUGCUGUCUUGGAAGCAGAAGCUGCUCAGAUCAGAUCAUCAAUUUUGGACAUGGCUCAUUGCAUUAGGACUUUUACUGAAGAAAUAUCAGACUACUCCAGAAAACUAUCUGCCAUUGUACGACAAAUUGAAGGAGGUGAACAGAUUGUGGAAGGCAGCACUGGAAUGGCACACACUGAACAUGUUCCAGGAACUGCAGAGAAUGCCCGUUCAUGCAUAAGAGCAUAUUUUGCUGAUUUACAUGAAACUCUUUGCCGUCAGGAAGAGAUGGCACUUAGUGUUGUUGAUGUCCAUGUCCGUGAAAAGUUACUCUGGCUUAGGCAGCAACAGGAAGACAUGACUAUUCUGUUAUCACAAGUUUCUACAGCCUGCUUGCACUGUGAGAAGACUUUGCAACAGGAUGACUGUCGUGUGGUACUAGCAAAACAGGAGAUCACUAGGCUUCUGGAAACACUGCAGAAACAGCAGCAGCAGUUCACUGAACUUGCCGAUCACAUACAGCUGGAUGCAAGCAUUCCUGUCACUUUUACUAAGGACAAUCGUGUUCACAUUGGUCCAAAGAUGGAGAUCCGUGUUGUUACCCUGGGGCUGGAUGGUGCUGGAAAAACUACAAUCCUGUUUAAGCUGAAACAAGAUGAGUUCAUGCAGCCCAUCCCAACCAUAGGUUUUAAUGUGGAAACCGUAGAGUACAAAAAUCUUAAAUUCACCAUUUGGGAUGUAGGAGGCAAACACAAACUGAGACCUUUGUGGAAACAUUACUACCUAAAUACACAAGCUGUGGUGUUUGUUAUUGACAGUAGCCACAGAGACAGACUAAUGGAGGCUCACAGUGAACUGGCAAAACUGUUGACAGAAAAAGAAUUGCGUGACGCCUUGCUACUGAUCUUUGCCAAUAAACAGGAUGUAGCAGGAGCUCUGUCUGUUGAAGAAAUGACAGAGGUGCUGAGUCUUCACAAACUAUGCUGUGGUCGCAGCUGGUAUAUUCAGAGCUGUGACGCACGAAGUGGCAUUGGAUUACAUGAUGGGCUGGACUGGCUUUCUAGGCAGCUUGUUGCUGCAGGUGUUCUGGAUGUGGCUUGAUUUAAGUACUCAGCUGUUACAGAACUUGAAGUUGUACAAGUAUGUUAAAAAGACACAGAACUCAAACCCACCUUCUGUCUCCCGAGUGUCCGUGGGAUGUUUCUUUGUUUUUACAUUUUUUUGAUGGAAAGCACAUAUUGAACAGUGGUGUGGCUUGAUUUUGCUACAGCACUUGGGAAGGAAGCACCUUUAAGUUUUGGCUGUGAACAUUUUUCUGAUUGAAAUUGUGACAGGAGUAGCAGCAGCACACAAGGGCAUUACAAGAUUUGAUGUGACUAUGGACAUUUUUUAACUUGUUACUAAUGUUUUGCGUGAAGAGGAAGAAGGGAGGACACAGUAGAUAUUUUAAAGUGUGUUGUUUCCUAAAAUGAGGAGGGAUGAGCGUUCUGAUUUGCACUGAAGCAAAACCAUUUUUCUUCUGUUGCGCAUAGCGGUCAUGUUGCUGUUACAGCAUAUAUGCUGCAUCCUUAAUGUGAUGUAUUUAUUAAAGCCUAUUUCAAAAAUGCACAUUAUAGUGGGCAAGCUGACAAAAAUGCACAUUGUAGUGAGCAAGCUGUACAUUUAGCUACAAUAACUAUUUGAAUUGCUUAUUUUGUAAAAAGGAUUUUGCUUCAGCUGAGUAAGUGAACUAUUUUUUUUAGUACACAAAACACAUUUCACACCUUGAAAUGUUAAUUUAACUUUCAAAAUAUUAAGAAACAUGACGAUUUUAGCUAACAGCAGACAUACCUUUUUUGAGAUGUUAACCGUUAAGCCUCUGUCCCAGUUGAUUGCGGUUUAACUUAUUCAAAAGAGCAAAGUGAUUUUUUUUCCAAAUAUUGCUUUACUGUCAUCACCCAGCUGUAUGUGUCACACACCAGCACAAGUUUAGCUGAUUGACAGUUGUAUUCUUUGUGAUGUCAGUAGUGGAUUUUUGCUGUGACAUUUUGUUGUGACAGUUGUACAUGAAAUAUUUUUCUGUUGUGUAGUCCACGUGUUCAGGUUGGAUACAGCUGCUUAUAUUAUAGACAACAGUAUAUCAAGCUUACUUAUGCUUGUCAUUUCUUAUGUAGGUAGUUUUAGUCCUCACAAUUGGAUUUUACCCAGGAUUACCUACAGUUUGUUGGUAUAUCAUUUCAAAUGCGGACUGGAAAGGUGUAGUGUCAUGUAAAACAAAACCAUAAAUAACAAGGAGAUAAUUGUCUUACAUUAACCCAAAACCUGUUAGCUGUAUAUAGUUUAGUUUCAGGUACACAGAAAUUAGAUUUUCAUUUAUUGUAAAUUAUACUGUUUUUGUAAAUACAAACCCUAGGUAACAGUGCUUUAAGUGUAUUACAUCUCAUACUGUGUAACUGUGCAAUAGAAGGUAAAGUAAAACUAGAAUAGUUACUUUGGAAUAAAACAUUUGCUGUGAACUGCGUAUGGACAGUUGUUUUGAUGAGAAUGUGCACAUAUUGCACAUUGUUGGUAAAUACCCCCAACACCACUGCCUUGCUUUACAUUCAUGUCUGUUUAGGACAUAGAUAUUUAAAAAAUAAUCAGUCAAGCUUUACUGGCUGCUGUGGUUGCAUUAACUGUAGUCAUGCAUAGUUUAAUAAAUUAAACACUGUACUGCACUAAAUGUGGUAUAAUUAUGUUGUCAUUCUUUUUUCAUCAUAUGUUGUAGAUUAAACUGUCACCUACCUAAACAAUUUGGGUAUAUUUGAGUAUGUUAACAUGUCUUCACUCCUCUAUUGAUACUAAAGUAUAUAGCUGCAAAUAA